AACAUAGUCGAAACAUCGGAAAUUGUCGUGGGACGCCGAGCAAGGACAUCCGUACAUCCAUAUCCCGUCAACGUAUCCGUCUGUCCCCGAAACCUAUCUCGACGCAAUGCCAUCACACGCGCUCGUAUUAAGCCUGGUCCUGUCCUUCCUUGCCAUCCCCCGCAUCGCGGCUCGGCCACCUCCGAUGCAACUCAUCCCACGCGAAAUUCCCGUCGUCACCCUCGCACCCAUCAUCGACCCGCCCCCCGUAUCAUUCACUGUCCUGCCAGAAGUUCCGACUACGGAGCCGACGGCGACGGCGACCUACGCAUACGGCUACGCGUCAUCGUCGAGUGUGGCUCUGACGGCUACGGCAACGUUGAUUGCGACGCCUGUGUGCGAUAUCCCUGACCUGGAGGGGACCUGGCUUGAUGAGGAGUUCGGACAAUCGUUGGAUAACCUGUUGAAGCAGGCUGCGAGCGCCUAUAAUCGCAUCAUUUACCCUAUCGUUGGCCCGUGCGUUGAGCUCGAUGCUGAGAUCAAUGAGGAUUUGCAAAAGUUCUACAACUACUACUACAUCGCCGAAGCUGGCAUUCACGGCCCUGCAUCCCUCAGCGACGUGCAUAAGCAAGGAAUCCUCACCGACCAAGUCUGCGACGCGCUCGAGGCCGUCGAGGUUGUCAUCUCCCAGAUUGGCGAGCACAAGGAAGAGUCUUGCAUCCACUACGGUGGACUUGGCCAGAUCACGGCCAUCUAUCCCUGCCUCGCGCCGGCUUACCCGAGCUCACCUAGGCCAUACUUGAUCCCAGAACUGGACCUGAUUGAAGCGCCCAACAUCAAGAACGUGCGGCAGGGUCUCGGAUGCCGUGGUGAAGUCGUCGCCAACGGAUCCCGAAAGCGGGAGAUCAAGGAGAGUGUGCGCAGGGUCUAACCAACCGGCCGUACAACCUACACACCGCUAUAUACCUCUUCGCCAUUUACCAGCUUGCAGUACUGAAUGAGCCGGCUUCA